AUGUCUCAAUCAUCUUCCAUCUCCAUCGGUGCCAGCAUCAUCACUGCUGCUGCAGUCAGUAGCAGCAUCAACCCCUUCACUGAAAGCCAAGUUCCUCUUGCCAUCAUCAAGAACCUUGCGAUGCACAGUGCCAAUGCUCUUUCAAACCCUGAUGAUGCUUUCCCAUCUCCAGUAGCUGAUGACCUCGCUCCUUCUGAUGCCAUCAACAGUGAUGAUGACUUCACUUUGCCGCUCCCUGCUGCCAACCAGACUGCUCUUGCUGCUCCAGUUGAUCUGAAGGUUGCCAACCAGCUUUGCAGCUUCCGCCUCCGCCUCCUCCAGCACCCUUCUCUUCUCCUCUGCACUCGCCCUGAGUGCACUCACCACCUGCCGCUCAUCCCAACCUAUGCCAAUGUGUCUCAGCACCUCAAGUCCCACCAUCAUCCGCUCACCAAGACUGGCAUCAAGCUGUUGGAGGAGACACUCCUUACUCUCGACCUUGUCAGCCCUGCUACUGUCAGCAUCAACACCAAUCUACUCCCCAUCAACCUCAUCAAGGAGCUUGAUACAUUUGAUGGCUACUGUUGCAGUAUCUGCGAGUAUGCUGUCAAGUCAAGCUCCUCUGCAUACAAGCACCAGCGCAGCAGCCAUGAUGGCAAGGCUUCUGUCAUCCACCCUGUUCUCAUUCAGCCCAUCUUCACCAGUGGUCCCUUCACCCGCUAUGUGUGGGUCUUCAACAGCAAGCUCGAGCCUACACCCCCUCCUGUUGCCUUCAACAUCAACACCAACAUCAACACAGAGGAGGAUGCAGCUUUCAAGGAGCAGCUGGAAGCAUUCUUUGCCAAGGAUGCAGAGCUAAUGGCAAAGGCAGAUCUGGACAUGGAGGGCAUUCAACCACGAACUGUGACUGGCAAUCUCAGCCCAUGGCUCAAGCAGCUAGGCUGGCAGGAGUACUGGGCUGGCAAGCCAGUGGUGGCCAUUGGUUCCCUUGGCUGCAACCCUCACAAGUGGCCAGGUGCCCACCAGGACUUCCUUCACUGGCUGCUUGGCAUGACACAACAGUGUACACAGCAGUGGAUGGAGGCACUUCUUCAAUCUGGCCGCCAGGUGCAGCAAACCUUCCAUGCCUUUGACGACACCCCUAGCCAUCCAUACUCCCUUGAUCAACCCACAGUCAUCAAGCGUGCUGACUGCUGGGCAAUGCUCAUCACCAUGCUGGCUCAUGUCAUGCUAGAUGGCAAGGUUCUUGGCUACUAUGGUGAUGAUGAUCAGGAUGCACACCUUGGCAUCAGUGAACAGCUUGCAGGGCUCUUUGAGGACCUUCAGGACCUCUUCCAUGAUCCCAAUCUGGAUGUUGAUGUCUCCAUGCAUCCUGAUGUGGUUUUGCAAGCAUUUAGUGGCAUCCAGUCGAUCAGUGUCUACCUAGCCCUAGCCGGUGUGUCUUGCUUGGGUUACAAGGGGGUUCCAUUUUUAAAUCGAGUAGGGUUGCUUAAUCAAAGUUGUAGUACUACCCAAACUAUGCAUGUUUCAUUAUCCAACCCUACUCCAGUUGAGUAA